AUGAAAGUAGAGGUUAAGAAAGUUCAUUGUGUUUUCUCCUGGUCCUGGCAUAUACCAAAGAAUGCAGGUACUAUUGAGAGUGGAUUAGGUGAAGAUGCCAUUGGUGAUAUUCAUGGUAUGGUCCAUGAAGACGAUGAGGAAGAUGUGUGUGGUAUAUGUAGAGCAAGUUUUAAUCGUACUUGCCCUAAUUGUAAGUUUCCUGGUGAUGGUUGUCCCUUGGUUAUCGGUGAAUGCCAACAUAAUUUCCAUGUGCACUGCAUUUAUGAAUGGUUAGAUACAAGUACAUCGAGAGGUUUAUGUCCUAUGUGUAGACAGUUGUUCCAAUUGAAAAAAGGUGUAUCCAUAAACGAUUCUCAUAUUGAGAGGUUUAGAGAGUUGGCAAUUAAGAGACAGCAAGAACAGAAUGAGUUUGAAUCAAAUUUAGAUGAUGAUGCUGCUAUUGCAAGAGCUAUUGCAGAACAAGAAGAUACAGGGAGAAACGUUGAUAACCAAGGAGAUAUAAUAAUGGACCAGGAUCUAGUGGUUCGAUGA